AUGGAUAUCCUCACAACAAAACAAACUCUCUCAUUUCUCAUUCUUCUAAAUCUUUUAACACUCAUUUUCACCGCCGAUAACACCAACGUUGUCUACAAAGGUUGUUCCCAGCAAAAAAUACAUCAACAAUCUUCCCAGAAUCUACAAUCACUCAUAUCUUCUCUCGUACCGGCAUCUGCACAGAAAAUGUUUGCCGCCACAACCACCGGCGACGUCACAGGCGCUUACCAAUACCAACACAGAGGCAACCUUUCAACAUCCGACUGUUAUCUCUGUGUCAGUAAGAUUACAAGCAAGAUAAGCAAUCUCUGCGGCAAGGUUACAGUGGUGAGGAUUCAACUCAGCGGCUGUUACUUAAGGUACGAGGUUGUCGGGUUUAAACAAGUUCCCAUGAAUCAGUUUCUGUACAAGGUUUGUGGUUUAAGGAAAGUGGAUGACGGUGUUGGGUUUGAGGCGAAGAUGGACUUUGCAUUUGGAAUGGGGGAGAAUGAUUCGAAGAAUGGCAGGAUUUCCUUCUAUACAAGGAGUUAUAUGUCUUUAUAUGUUUUGGGACAUUGUGAGUGUAGUUUGGGAAUUAAUGAUUGUAGUGAUUGUGUUAAGAGUGCCGAAGAACAAGUUAAAUUAGAGUGUGGUGAUUCGAUUUCAGCUCAGAUUAAUCUCUUUAGUUUGGGAAAUAAUGAUGAUAUUAAAAUCUCAAAUCAACAUCCAAAGACCAUCAACAACGUUCCUCCAAUCAAUGAGUUGGAGUCAUAUGUCAAGAUGAGAAGUGUACACGAGAUUAGAAGAAAUUCCAAUGACAUACCAAGAGGAAAUUCCUAA